GGAGGAAGGGGAAACGUUGACGUGCUGAAAGAAACGGGGGUUAUGUCGGAGUACGAACCUGUCCAGCGAGGCGCUCUGCGUCUGAAGGGGGACACCGGCGGAGGGUCUGCGGGGAAACGAAAGAAGAAGAAAGAUAAAGAAAGAAGCAAGAUUGUAGACCAGAUUGUGAGCAGCAAGAAGCAGGAGGAAGAAGAGGAAAAGACACGGGCGUUGGACAAACGUACUCCAGCACAGCUGGCCUAUGAAAAAAUGCAGGAAAAGCGGCAAAUAGAACGAAUCUUGAAAAAAGCAUCCAAAACCCACAAGCAGAGAGUAGAGGAUUUUAAUAGGCACUUGGAUACUCUGACUGAGCAUUAUGACAUCCCCAAAGUCAGCUGGACUAAAUGAGCAUCUUUCCCAUCAACAUUUUCUUCUUAUAAAAUCCUUGUUUCUGAAGUGAGGACAGACAGAGGUGUUGAGCUGCAACGCAUUUGGCAGACUUGCUGUUUUCUUGUAACUUCCUUUUCUUGAUGAAACUUGCUUUGAAAGAGACACACGGCACCUAUUACUUCAAGUAACUGGCAGUUAGCUGUUUAAGCUGUUUAAGUUAUUUCUGUUUUAUUGUUGCACAUUUAAGGACAAAUUAAUCCUUGGCUAAUUAUAGACAAGAUCAGACAUAUAUAAAACUUAGGAUUUAUGCAAAUACUGUUGCUGAAAAACAGCUCAAGGAGGACAAUUUAAAUGCUUGGGGUGGGAGAAUUACUCUUGUGUAUUGCUUUUCUGACUUGAUUGCAUUUACUUAUACUUUUACAAUGCAGCAAAGGGAAUAAUUAUAUCAGCCAAAGCAUUCAUCCAGCAUAUUUCCAUCAUUUCUGAACACCCCAAUUCAAUGGCUCUACCAUCUUCUUGGUAUACAAUCUCAUCAUUUCUGAAGAAAUAGUAAUUGUAAAACAAUUCUAAUGACUCCCAGCUUCAUCUACUGGAAGGACCACCGUAUUCUCUAAAUUGUGAUUUACUUAUAAUGAUGAAAAUUUGUUUAAAUAAACUAAUUAAAAUCACA